AUGGAAAAGACAUUCGGAAAGUCUCCGACAGCUCCAAGAUCCGUCCACCAGAAUCGAGAGGUUUGGUCUUACAAUCUACACAAAGAGUUAGAGAUACUAAAUGAGUAUCUUCCAGAGUUUCCAAUAGUCGCCAUUGAUACAGAGUUUCCAGGUAUCGGGUUGCUUAAGGAUAAUCGAAUCUAUUUUCUAAGUUUAGCUGGAAAAUAUUUUUAUGCUCGCAAGCUCGAUGAUGAACCAGGAUUUCUCCGGUACACUCCGAAAGGUGUUUCGGAGGAAGAAUUCUACGAUUGUCUCCGAUUUAAUGUGAACCGAUUGAACAUACUCCAACUCGGUCUCACACUCGCAAAUCAAAAUGGAAAUGUAGCGAUGACUUGGGAGUUUAAUUUCAGAGAUUUUGAUCACAUUAGUGACAUGGAAGGCGUUUCUUCACUGGACUCGUUUCUUAAGAACAAGGGGUUCGAUUUCUACAAAUUGAAGAGAGACGGAAUAGCUCUAGAAGAUUUCACUACCCUAUUUCUACCGAUUUGUCGUAGUGGUAGAAUCGAGAGAUGGAUUACAUUUCAUGGCUUCUACGACAUCGCUUAUUUACUGAAGCUGCUCAAAAUCAAAUACAUACCAAUUUCUAUGGCAACGUUUGCGGCUACUGCUCAACAUCUAUUAGGUACUGUCAGCGAUUUGAAGCAUAUGUGUCGCUAUUGUGACGGAUUGCUCGACGGCGACCUAGGACUAAAAAAAUUGGCUAAGCUGCUCGACGUAAAACGAAUAGGCAUAGCACAUUUUGCCGGUUCCGAUAGUUUGCUCACUGCUGCAGUAUACACAAAGAUGAAGCAAAUGUUCAAGGUUCCGGUAGAGCAACGUGAAGGGUUUCUCUACGGCUUGCCUCACCGGAUUCAAGCUUUUCAGCCAAUCGUGAAGAUAGUUGAUCCGUCUGCCAUGACUCCUCCUCCUCCACGUCUGCCAACAUUGUGUUUUGGUAGCUUUCCGCCGUUUUUCAUUGAUAUUCACUCUAGUAAGUUAAAGGGUCAUUCAGUUACAGUGAGUUGA